GGACUCCCACAAAGUGGAGAGAUUGGUUUCUGACCUGCGGCGCGCUGUGGUCCAAAGGAGGGGAGUAGGCACACAGUGGAACGGCUCUGCAGAGGCUGUGGAGAAAGACCCAGCAGCCUUUUCUAACUUAGAAAUUGUCGACAACCAGUUCAAGAAAGGAACUUCAUUCUGCUGUGAAGCCACUAGGCCAGAGGUUACAGGGCCCAAUGGCUUCAAAAUCCCAACCCAGCGCUCCCAAAGUUGGGAACCAGGGGAGCAUCACCAACGGCAAGGCCGUGUCUCAAGGACGAUGGGGCCGUGCCUGGGAAGUGGACUGGUUCUCCCUGGCCAGCGUCAUCUUCCUGCUGCUCUUUGCACCUCUCAUCGUGUACUACUUCAUCAUGGCGUGUGACCAGUACAGCUGCUCUCUGGCCGCCCCCGUGCUGGACAUAAUCACUGGUCAUUCCAGUCUUGCGGACAUCUGGACCAAGACCUCACCCGUGACAAUGAAAGCUGCCAAGAUCUACACCUUGUGGGUCACCUUCCAGGUGCUUCUGUACAUGUUACUUCCUGACUUCUGCCACAGAUUCCUGCCCUACUACGUGGGAGGAGUCCAGGAGGGGGCGGUGACUCCUGCAGGGAUUGUCAACAAGUACGAGGUCAAUGGCCUGCAAGCCUGGCUCAUCACACAUCUGCUCUGGUUUGCUAACUCCCACUUCCUGUUCUGGUUCUCACCGACUAUCAUCUUUGACAACUGGAUCCCGCUGCUGUGGUGUGCCAACAUCCUUGGCUAUGCUGUGUCCACAUUCGCGAUGGUCAAGGGCUACCUUUUCCCCACCAAUGCCAAAGACUGCAAAUUCACAGGCAACUUCUUUUAUAACUACAUGAUGGGGAUUGAGUUUAACCCUCGAAUCGGGAAGUGGUUUGACUUCAAGCUGUUCUUCAAUGGACGCCCUGGGAUCGUGGCAUGGACCCUCAUCAACCUGUCCUUUGCAGCAAAGCAGCAGGAGCUGUAUGGCCAUGUGACCAAUUCCAUGGUCCUGGUCAACGUCCUGCAGGCCAUCUAUGUGCUGGACUUUUUCUGGAAUGAAACCUGGUACCUGAAGACCAUUGACAUCUGCCACGACCAUUUCGGCUGGUACCUGGGCUGGGGCGACUGUGUGUGGUUGCCAUACCUGUACACACUGCAGGGCCUGUACCUGGUGUACCACCCAGUGCAGCUCUCCACCCCCCACGCCGUGGGUGUCCUGGUGCUCGGCCUCCUGGGCUACUACAUCUUCCGCAUGGCCAACCAUCAGAAGGACCUGUUCCGCAGAACAGAUGGGCGCUGCCUCAUCUGGGGCCGGAAACCCAAGGCCAUCGAGUGCAUGUACACAUCAGCUGACGGCCAGAAGCACCACAGUAAGUUGCUGGUGUCGGGCUUCUGGGGUCUGGCUCGCCACCUCAACUACACCGGUGACCUGAUGGGCAGCCUGGCCUACUGCCUGGCCUGUGGCGGGGGCCACCUCCUGCCCUACUUCUACAUCAUCUACAUGACCAUCUUGCUGACCCAUCGCUGCCUCCGUGAUGAACACCGCUGUGCCAGCAAGUAUGGCUGGGACUGGGCACGCUACACUGCUACUGUGCCCUACCGACUGCUGCCCGGCAUCUUCUAAGGGACUGUUGUUUAGCACCCCCAGGGUUGGCGGGCUGUGAAAAAGCACAUGGAGCUGGUCAAUGGGUGGUGGCAUCCCAGCUGUGCCCCCCAGAGCCUUGGUUUCCUCAUCUAUAAAAAAGAAAGAGCCUGGCACUUGUCAGGUAUCCAAUUGAUAUUAAUGCUCUUUACUCUUCCCUGCCCUCAGGGGAAUCCUGACUUUACACUAUCUGCCUUUCCACCAGCAGGAAGGACUGGUUUUCUCUACUCGUGUCCCAAGGACAGGAACGUGACCUGGUCACUUGGAGUGGCCCUUUUGUGACAGUUUCUUUGUAUCAGAAGUCUGGGGUGCCGCACUGCCCAGACAGAAGAGCAUCUGGUGCUCACCAGGCUACCUUCAGCCCCCCUGUGGUUAGGACUGUACUUAUUCUCUCUAAACAAAAGUAGAAGUGGGAUCUGCGAGGUGAGCAAGUUGGCUGGGAUCUUGGCACGGUGCUCCUUUGAGGAGCACACAGCGACUUAGCAAAGGUGCCGAGGGACACUUGCUGGAGGAAGGGGCUGCUGAUUGUUUCCUUCUUGCUCCCACUGCAAGCUGACUGCCAGAGCUGUGGCGGGGGCAUCUGAGGGCAGGGCCCAGCUCCCUGUGGGCACUGCCCAGUGCCUCAGCCAUGUGCCCUCCAGAAGGCGUCAGAGCUUACCCUGUACAAGGUGCAGAUUCUAGCACAAAUGGCCCAGAGGAUGUCACCAUCCAGGGGUCCUGGCCAGACCUGUAAAAGAGACCCACCCUUGGGCAGGGGAUCCACUUUCAUGUGUUUCUUACCAGGGUCAGUGCCCUCAACCUCAGGAUACUCUGAAAAAAUUCACACAGUUGAUAAUUCUUUUAUUGAAUGUUCUCUGUUCAAAUAAAUGACAGUGUGGUUUCUGUG